AUGCCUUCUGCCGUUAGAGACAAAUUCAUUUUGUAUUGGCUUGACCAAUCCAGAGCCCACCGUGUGUUGUGGCUUCUUGAGCUUUUGGAGCUCGACUAUGAAGUCAGAAUCUAUCUCAGACACCCAGCCACCUGGCGUGGACCCAAGGAGCUUUUCGAAGUUCAUCCCACAGGCAAGGUUCCUAUCUUAGAAAUCGUCUAUGCCGAUGGCCUGGAGCCUCUUAUUAUUGCUGAAACAGGACAUAUAAUGCAAUAUGUGGUACAGAACUACGACUUCAACAAGGUUUUAACUCCCAAGACUCCCAAACAACAAUUUGAAGUUGACUACUACUUGCAUUUCUCUGAGGGUUCCAUCCAGCCCAUCCAGAUCACAUUGUUAAUCAACUCUGUGGCCAAGUCCAUAGCCCCAUUUGGGUUGAAGAAAGUCACUAAGUUGGUUUCCAAAGGCAUGAAUAAUGGCUAUUAUCUUCAUGAAUGGAGGCUUUUCAUGGAUGUCUUGGACAAGGCAUUGGCCAAGAAUGGCACUGGAUUCUUCGUUGGCGACAAGUUGAGUGCUGCUGAUGUCAUUUUGUCUUUCCCAGUUUACGAAAAUGUGUUCGACAACUUGGAAGGAGUCAAAGAGAUUACUGGAGAAAAGAGAGAUAUUAGGAAGAUGUACCCACAUUUGGCCAGAUGGGCAGACAUGGUUGCCACGCAUCCAUUGUACGUCAAGGUUACCGACAUGAUGGAUGUAAAAGUGGACGACCUCAUUGCCAACAAUCCACACUUUACCUAUGAUAUGGGAAAGGGAGAACAUUAG